UUCUCAUAUCGGUGCAGCAGAGCAGACAGAGACAGCUGAAGACGGUUGUUUGUGUACAUUUUUGUGUACACAAAAUUGUGUCAUGUAGAUUUGAGGUGCAUCGCCAAGGGUUCCUGUACAUUUACUGGCGUAGGGCCGGUCUGCAACGAGACGUUGGUUCUUGAGUCGCCGGUCGGUGCGUUCAGCGCAUCAACUCUCAUGCAAUGGCCGACAAAGUAACACUAGCUGAUGCUCUGUCAAAUGUUGAUGUACUGGAUGAGUUGACGUUACCAGAUGAGCAGCCAUGCAUAGAAGCUCAGCCAUGCUCAGUGGUUUACCAAGUUAAUUUUGAUACAAACUUUGAAGACCGGAAUGGGUUCGUCACAGGUGUCGCCAAGUACAUUGAAGAAGCAACUGUUCAUUCGAGUCUCAAUGAACUGCUUGAAGAGGGUGUGGAACAUGCUGUCAUGCUGUACACAUGGCGUUGCUGUUCGCGUGCUAUCCCACAACCCAAAUCAAAUGAGCAGCCCAACCGUGUUGAAAUUUAUGAAAAGACUGUGGAAGUCCUGGCACCAGAAGUUAACAAACUGUUAAACUUCAUGUACUUCCAGAGCAAGGCUAUUGAACGCUUUACAUCAGAAGUGAAGCGGUUGUGUCAUACUGAGAAGCGCAAAGAUUUCAUCUCUGAAGCAUACAUGCUAACAUUGGGAAAAUUUAUAAAUAUGUUUGCAGUUUUAGAUGAGCUCAAGAAUAUGAAGUCAAGUGUUAAAAAUGAUUAUUCCACUUACAGAAGAGCUGCCCAGUUUCUGAAGGUUAUGGCUGAUUCUCAAACAUUACAAGAGAGCCAGAACCUCUCUAUGUUUCUGGCAACUCAAAACAAAAUUCGUGAUGCAGUAAAGGAAAAUUUGGAAAGAGUUCCUGGCUUUGAAGAUCUUCUAGCAGAUGUUGUUUCUUUAUGCGUUCAUAUGUUUGAGACUCGUCUCUAUUUAGCACCUCAUGAAAAGCAUAUGCUUGUCAAAGUAAUGGGCUUUGGUCUGUUUCUUAUGGAUGGAGAACCUCAAAGUUUGACUAAAUUAGAUCAAAGGAAAAAACUCAACCUGGCUAAAAUAGACCGAGUUUUCAAGAACUUGGAAGUUGUCCCUCUUUUUGGAGACAUGCAAAUUGCUCCAUUCAAUUACAUAAAACGCAGUAAGAACUUUGAACCCAGCAAAUGGCCUCUGUCUUCUUCAAACAACAUCAGCCCUCAGGCAGACUUGAUGGUACAUCUUCCUCAGAUUCGAGAGGACCAUGUUAAGUACAUAAGUGAAUUAGCAAGAUACAGCAAUGAGGUCACCACAACUUACAAAGAGUCACGAACUGACUUGGAAAAUAAGGAAACUGCUGACUUGGCAUUAAGAGGAUUACAGCUUCUUUCAGAGUGGACAAGUGUUGUCACUGAAUUGUAUUCUUGGAAACUUCUUCAUCCAACUGAUCACCAUCAAAAUAAAGAAUGUCCCGUUGAAGCUGAAGAAUAUGAAAGGGCCACUCGGUACAAUUAUUCAGAUGAGGAGAAAUUUGCUCUGAUUGAAGUGAUAGCAAUGAUCAAAGGUUUGCAAGUAUUGAUGGCUCGAAUUGAGAGUGUUCUGCAGGAUGCUAUUCGGAGAACAAUCUAUUCUGAGCUUCAAGAUUUUAUCCAACUGAUGUUAAGAGAUCCCCUUCGUAAAGCUAUUAAGAACAAAAAAGACCUUAUAAGGAGCAUCCUUGUCUCUGUGCGUGAAACUUGUGCAGAUUGGCAAAGAGGAGUGGAGCCAUCGGGGGACCCAGCAUUGAAGGGAAAGAAAGAUCCUGAAAAUGGAUUUGGGAUUAAAGUUCCACGGCGCAAUGUUGGUCCGUCUUCUACACAGUUGUACAUGGUGCGAACCAUGCUGGAGUCUCUGAUAGCUGAUAAGUCAGGGGGGAAGCGCACUUUAAGGAAGGACAUUGAUGGCCAACACUUGAUUCAAAUUGAUCAGUUUCACAAGACUUCAUUUUAUUGGAGUCACCUUCUGAAUUUUAGUGAGUCCCUGCAGCAGUGCUGUGAUCUCUCUCAGCUUUGGUAUAGAGAGUUUUAUUUAGAAAUGACUAUGGGACGCCGGGUUUAUAAAUGCACUGUAAAGCAUCAACACAAUGAUGAGUGCAAUGACCUGAUAACAAUGGAAAAACGCAUUCAGUUCCCCAUUGAAAUGUCAAUGCCCUGGAUUUUGACUGAUCAUAUUCUGCGAACCAAGGACCCCUCUGUAAUGGAGUAUGUGCUGUACCCCUUAGACCUGUACAAUGACAGUGCACACUAUGCACUUACAGUUUUUCGAAAGCAAUUCUUGUAUGAUGAAGUUGAGGCUGAGGUGAACCUGUGCUUUGACCAGUUUGUGUACAAGUUGUCUGAACAGAUAUUUGCUCACUACAAGCAAAUGGCCAGCAGCAUCCUCCUGGACAAACGGUUCCGAGUGGAGUGUGUGGCGAUGGGUGCCUACAUACCAUACCCAAGAGCAAAUCGGUAUGAAACACUUUUGAAACAACGGCAUGUUCAGCUUCUUGGAAGAUCAAUUGACUUAAACAAACUCAUAACACAGCGUAUCAAUGCUGAUAUGCAUAAAUCUUUGGAUCUUGCCAUUAGCAAGUUUGAGGCAGGAGAUAUUACAGGGAUUGUGGAACUGGAUGGCUUACUAGAAGUCAAUCGCCUUGCUCACAAACUACUGUCACGAUUUCUGGCUCUUGAUGAGCAUGACGCAAUGUACCGGGAGGCAAAUCACAAUGUCCUUGCUCCAUAUGGAAGAAUCACUCUGCAUAUUUUUUGGGAGUUGAAUUAUGACUUUCUCCCUAACUAUUGUUACAAUGCUGCUACAAACAGAUUUGUCAAAUGCCGUGGUAUCCAGUUUACACAACCUGUGCAUAGAGACAAACCCCCUCAAAUGGCCCAUCACUAUCUGUGGGGAAGCAAACAGCUUAAUGUUGCUUACUCAACAGUUUUUGGGCAAUAUACAGGCUUUGUGGGACCCUACCAUUUUAGAACCAUGUGUCGCCUAUUGGGUUACCAGGGUAUAGCAGUGGUAAUGGAGGAGCUCCUGAAAAUAGUGAAAAGUCUCAUCCAGGGUAACUUGCUGCAAUUCACUAAGACUCUGAUGGACGCCAUGCCCAAGGUGUGCAAAUUGCCUCGUUACGAUUAUGGCUCCCCAGGAGUCCUGGGUUAUUAUCAUGCUCAGCUCAAUGACAUAGUUCAGUACCCUGAUGCUAAGACAGAGCUCUUUCACAAUUUUCGAGAGCUGGGAAACACAAUACUCUUUUGCUUGCUGAUGGAACAAGCACUGUCACAAGAGGAAGUGUGUGACCUACUACAUGCUGCGGCAUUUCAAAAUAUUCUUCCUCGGCCAUUUUGCAAAGAGGGAGAAAAGCCAGAGUUCAAGCAGAGAAGAUUGGAGGCUAAAUAUGGUUCAAUGCAGAUUGUUCCCAACAUUGAGCGUCUUGGAACAGCAAAGCAAGCCCUGAUAUCAAGAGAAGGGGACCUCUUGACUAGAGAACGCCUGUGCUGUGGUCUUUCUAUUUUUGAAGUUGUUCUUACAAGACUGAAAAGUUUCCUGGAUGAUCCCAUUUGGGUAGGACCCCCUCCAGCUAAUGGAGUUAUGAAUGUGGAUGAGUGUGCAGAAUUUCAACGUCUGUGGUCAGCUUUACAAUUUGUCUACUGCAUACCAGUUGGAGAUACAGAGUUCACUGUAGAGGAAUUGUUUGGUGAGGGGCUGAACUGGGCUGGUUGCACAAUGAUUGUCUUGCUGGGACAGCAACGUCGAUUUGAAGCUCUAGACUUCUGCUACCACAUUCUUAAAGUCCAAAGAGUUGAUGGUAAAGAUGAAAAUGUCAAAGGAAUUAAUUUGAAAAGGAUGGUUGAUAGAGUACGACGCUUUCAAGUACUCAACUCUCAGAUAUUUGCCAUUCUCAAUAAGUUCCUGAAAGGUAGUGAAGUGGACAACUCUUCCAUUGAACAUGUUCGCUGUUUCCCUCCUCCAGUUCAUCCAUCUAUGUCUCACUACCAACGAUCAGGCUCAGAUCACUAUGGUCAAAGUGGACACUAUUCUUAGUUACUAUUUAAUGACCAAGGUUCCUAUGCCAAUUUGUACUUAAUUUUCUAGAGGAGUGUUCUAAUUUUCCUAUAUUAUAUUUUCACAGAGUUGUAAUUGUUGUACACAAUUGUAUGCAUCAGUAUGCUUCCUAGUGGCCAUUUGAGAGUUAGUUAACCUUCAAUCAUUUUCCUAUUUUUGCCAAAGAAUAUUCGUGAAGAUACUCCAGGGACUGAGAAAUACUCUAUAUGCUUUUGGGGCAAUAUCUGUCUCAAUUCUUCAAUCUUCUUGUUACCUUCAUGAAUUUUCAUGAGUAUUUUUUGCAUUUAAUGUGAAUUACAAUUCUAUCACCUGUA